CAGGUUGUUUGAGAGAUACCCCGAAAUCCAGGCCUCCUUCUCCAAAAUAGCGAACGUGAAUAAAUCCUCUUUAAACAGCAAUGUCAUGCUACAUGCUCACAGCCUACACAUCAUGCACAUGAUCGGAAAACUGAUACAGCUGUUGAAUGAACCGGAGAACCUGCUGUCCAAAGUAGUCGAAUUAGGCGAGAGGCACUUCGACCGAAAAGCCAACGACGAACUUCUACAGUAUUUCUGUCCCGCCUACGUGGAGGCAAUGGCUAAGAAGGGACAGUGGAAGAAGAAGACUAUCAUUGCUUGGGAAAAGUUCUUCGAUUUCAUUCGAGCAGCUAUGGUGCAUGGCCUCAAGAAGCGAAAAGGACACUCAUCCAUAUCAAACACCACAUCCGCAUUAAAUACUGCCGCUGAAAAGAACCACAACUCACCCUCCUCAUCCCAAUGACUCAUCCGACCCAUAAACUUACUCGCAUCCAAAUUGAUGAUCAGCCGAAACUGAUGAUUAUACAGCAAAACCUGUUUGAAAUGUAAUCUGUACUGAACUGAUGUGUCAAAACAUAAUCACGACGUCACUCGAUUUUCUUAUUUUGGAGUGAACGGAUAUGCUUUGAAGUCAAAACCAGCUUUCUAACUGCGUUUGUUUUUGUAUGAACAAAUUUUUUCAAAAGAUGUGUAUGUUUUGUGAACCAUCCUCUUUUAAGUUUUAUUCAAUUCCAGAAAAAG